AUUACUUGAAUGUAACUUAUCAGAUGAACGGCGCGGUAGCGCGCGUUUCAAGUUUCUCGACAGUCAAAUCCUUACUCAACUCAUUCGAGUAGAUGAUACGAAUGUUGCCUAGCAUUUGAACUGAAGGCGUUUCCAAUCAAUCCAGACUCUGUGAUUGUAAAUAAAUCACCAUAUGCGUGACGUAAUCGCCGCGAUCGAGCAAAAUGUUUCUGUGGCGCACAGGUCGGAAUUAAAAUGAUAUGAUUAUCUAAACGCACUACUUUAAUCAGUCAGCAAAAUGUUGAACCCAGAUUAAAUGUAACCGUUUUAAUCAAACAAGUCAGUUAUUAAGUGUUGGCUUGCUCCUACUAAGCAAAGGCCCGGACCGUCUACGUGUAUGCAAGUGAAACUGUUUGAAUAUUCACUACGAAACAUUAUUUGAGUCCUUGUUUAUCGGUUAAGUGACUUAGAAUUUAGCCUCUGAUAGUUUCCUUUACUUUGCAGAUGGCGACAUCCUCAAGAAGCACCUACAGUUUCUAUCAACCAGUCAGCCGAGUUAUUUUUAAAUUGGUUGCAUCGUUACUCAUCGCAAUAAUCCUCCACGCAUGUGAAACCCAUGGAUUUCUGAACCUGAACCCUGAAGAAAAUGACGCGCAAACUAACUCCAAAGGUUCUGGUCUGCGGCCGCUUGGCGGCCCACCUCCUGAGACAGUCUCUAAGCCGCCGGUUCACCAGUUCUCGGAGCUUACAAAUUUGCGUACGUUCGUUGACAAAACUUUGUUCAUCAAACACUUUUUCAUCAAUGGUCCCGAUAACAUCAUCAUUAUAGCUCCACGUUUCUUCUCCAAGUCUACCAAUCUCAACAUGCUGAAGACCUUUUUCGAGAUGGAAAUCGGUCCAGAUGGGAGCAAGGUUGAGCAAAAUAUGACCCAAAACUGCCGAGUAUUUGCCGACAAGAAUCUGAAAAUAUUUCAAGACCCAGAAUUUUUUAAGGCGAAUUGUGCAAAGUACCCGGUGAUGCACUUGGACUUCGGUGAGAUCGACGCGACAACGCGUGAAGAUUUCUACGUAAGCUUCAAUCACUUGAUCCGAAAAAUUUACGAAAAAUUCGCCUACUUAUCGAAAAGUAAGAGGAUCCCCAAAUCCGAACUGAAAGCUUUGAAUGACGUCCUUGAACUCGAGGAGGAUGAUUUUUUGGAUGUACCGGUUCUCAUGCGAACUGGGAAACAAUUAGCAGAGUUAAUAUUCAAGCACCAUGGUGAAAGGGUAAUUCUCCUGAUCGAUAAUUACGACACCCCGAUAAAACAGGCAAUAAUGAGCAAAGCAAUCGACGAAGACGAAACAACCGACAUCGUGGAAUUUCUGACUCUGUUCAUCGACAAAAUCAUCUCCAAGAAAGACCACGUUUUCAAAUCACUGUUUACAGGCUGCCUCACCGCCGGCGAGGUCUACCUGCAGGAAAACAACAACAACACAAGGAUAGUCUCCAUCUUCCGGGACUUGGCCUUGUCGUCCUUCUACGGAUUCCAGGAAGCCGACGUAGAGGAUCUACUUAAAAAAUUCGGGAAGAAAGCAGAGGAAAUUGACGAGUUGCGAACAUGGUACGGCGGUUACUACGUAGAGGGCUCGCAUAAGCUUCUCUUCAACCCGAAUUCUAUCCUCCGAUACCUGAAGACCGGAAAGCUGAAAGGUUACUUCGAACUCUCCGAGGACUUGAAAGCGCUAGAGCCGUUCUUCGAUUUCGAUAUGGUCGGCGAGAUGGGGGAAGGCCUGCUCGGAACAGACAUCAUGGUGCUCCCCCACGGGACGGAGUCCAUGGAGAAGUUGCUCUUCCUGAAAAGCAUGUUCUGUGACGACGAAUGGUACGUGCUGUACCUCCACCGCAUGAUUCAGUUCUUCAUGGAGCUCGGCUAUUACACCUCGUAUAGGCGGAUCCCCAACCCGGUAGUCGGGGACGCCGUGAACAUAGCCCACCCCAACACCGAGACGCGCGAAGAUUUCCGGAAACUCGUUUUCACCCCCGUCUUCUACAAAACGAAAUUCAACGUCUCGGACGAACACGUGGGUGGUUUUAUCCGGAGCAUCGAGGGACUCUCGCCAGAGCGCGCCACGUUCGUGGCUUUCGCGUCAGCGGUCGAGCGCGUCUUCCAUUGGCGGAAGCCGCGGGAUGUUGAUGAGCUGGUUACCGUCCUGCGCGCUCUAGUGGUGGUCGGCCGGAGGCUCCCGUACGUCGACAGGGAGGGAAAUACCUUGUUGGUCAAGCGGAACGAUAGUGUGGGGGUGGUUGUAGGGGCGGCGUUCGUCAAGUCUUCCGGUAAGAUGGUGCUGUCGCGGAUCCUGGAAAGCAGGGUUUACGAGAAGGUGAAGAAGGAGGUGAAGACGGUGAUUCUGAUUGGGUUGUUCAUGGACUCGAUAGGACAGUGCGACGUGGAGUAUGUGUACGACAAGUUUGACUUGGCCGAAAGACAGAGUGCGGUAGCUCCGAGGACACCACCACCCCCAACGACGACAACCACCGCUGCACCACGGUUUACGUGGCCUACGAGAAGAGGAUAUUCUCAAUGAGAACACAAAUAUUUUAUAAAACAUUUUUAAAAUGUUGCCGACGGCAUUUUAAAAAGAUUUGCAAAAUAUUUUUUGAGUAUUUGUUAAAUACAGUGGACUCUCGAUAGUUCGAAAUUGAAGGGAAUCGGCUUUUUCUUCGAA